UCGAUCGUGGACUUUGGAAGGAUUGGCUGUCAAUGGAUUUUUAAUAUUUUUUAUCAAAAAUCAUAAAAUAUGAGUGAUAACAUGUGCUUCGCAAUAAAAUCAUUUUACCCUAUUUUGAAAUAGGCCCUUCGAUUUUCAUCAGUGGCCGCAAAUCGGGAUUAUCAUUUGUCUUUGGAAUAAAAACCAUAAUAUUUGGGAAGCGACUCCGGUUCGGUGGUAAGCAUCAAAAAGGAGAAUGUUUAUUUGACUGACAUAUUAUACUACCAUUCCAAAAUAAAUAAAACAGUUACAAAAAUGGCAAGAUAUUAUGAAAAUUCAUCAACGUUCAACUUUAGCUGGGAUCAAGUAGCAAGUGGGUACUGGAAAAGAUACCCAAACCCACAGAGCACUCAUGUUCUAUCAGAAGAUACUUGGAGCAGGCAAGUGAAAGAUGGCUGUUUAUACACAAAAAGGCUUCUUACCAAAACCAAUAGGGUACCUAAGUGGGGAGAAAGAUUUUUCAAUGCUAAGUCUGUAAAGAUAAUUGAAGAGAGUAUUGUCGAUCCAAAAAAUAAAAUCCUUGUGACAUAUACUAGAAAUUUAGGUUAUACUAAAGUUAUGAGUGUGGUAGAAAGAGUUGAGUAUCGCUCGGCUGGUCCAGCGCAGACGGUGGCGAGAAGGUCGGCGUGGAUUGACUCGCAAGUGUUCGGUUUCUCUCGAGCCAUACGUGCUUUCGGCGUCGACAGGUUCCGCAAGAACUGCAAUCAGAUGGUGAACGGUUUCAACCACGUGCUAAACAGCAUGUUUCCGCGACAAGGAGCUGGUGUAAACAGUAUGGCGACGGCGCCUGUAGCGCACACGUUCAAAGAGAUGCGUGACGCCGCAGCGGCCGCCACAGACAGAGCUAAAGCUAACGUGCUCUCUUCAGUUAACCGCACUUAACACGACUCAGGCCCUGAUUAGUUGGCUUUUAAACAUCUGUUAGACAGUGCUAAGGGGAAACGAACCUUAUGUAACCGACAUAAUAUUCCAGAUAACAUACCUCUGAAUUUUAAAUAUAUAUAUAUAAUAUUUAUAUGUACAUAUAUGGUGAUUUACUAAAACGUGGCUCAGAAAUGAAGUGGAAAUUUACACUUGUGUUUUAUGAAUUAGGUUUUAUGCUGACUUUUAAUUAAUGAUUAGUGGUGGAUUAGAAAAGGAAAUACUUACCUACUAGAGUAUAGUAGCAAAGUGUGUUGUGUAUCUAAUCCUGUAAAAAUCAAUGAUCUAUGUUAUCAUAUUUUGCUCUACUUUCGGCUUGGUCCUCAUGGAGCGUCCUUAAAAAAUUGUUGAUAAAAUAGUAUCAAUAUAAGUUGAUUUUGGUGUGACAUUAUAUUGAUGUUUUUUUCACAUAAAGAAUGAUUUAAAGAAUUUUGAACUGUACUGAAACUUUGAAAAAUGAGGAGUAUAAUCAAGAGCAUUAUUUCCUUACAUUACUUAUUUGCGUUAUGCAUUUUAUAGCCACAUACGAUUCGAGAUAAUUGUUGUAACAGAAAAGAAAGAAACUCUUCAAAGAGAGUUACCAUUGAUGUAAAAUUACUUAGUUCUUAUUAGUAACGGAUUAUGUAGGAAGGUCUUUUGUUUUAAUGGUUUUAUUUUUCACCAUGUAUUAUUAUUAUUUUUGUAUGUUAUAGAAUAAAAUAUACAUUUGUACGAAGUACAUAGUGAUUGGCAUAAAUUUAAUUGCAUUAAUAUGUAUUAUGUUAAUAAUAGUUUUGAAUUUUUAUGUAUAUUGCUUUAACAAAUUCAGGUUUACUUUCGCUUCGAGUGGUCCUUAUAUUUUAAAGCAUAUUUUGCACUGCCAUGCUAUCCUAAAUAUGUCAUAUGAGCUACUUUUACUUGAACCUAUCUACCUACAACCGCAUUCCACCUGUGGAGAAAUGUAUAUUUGUGUUUACACACCAAAUGGCAUUUUGAAGCUUUUGCUUUGACUGAUUGAUCAUUUGUAUUGAUUGGAUAUUGUUGAGUGUGUUGAAUAAUAGUUAAUGUUACUUAUUAAGAAGGAAUAUUUCAGUUUCUUUAUUUUUGACAAUCAAUUUUGGCAGCAGUGUUUUUUAAAAUUAUGAAUGAAAUUAAAGAUGUUUGGAAAACUACAAUAUACCAAAUCCGUAAAUGAGUUUAAAUAUGUUUGUAUAUUUGAUAAAUAAAUAAAAAAGGUUAAUUUCUUAAAUAAAAAACAAAAUUAAGUAGUAAUGCUGUCUUUUGACAAAAAUAAGGAAACCGAGACG